GUGUUUAAAAUAAUGUUCAAAGUGAGUAAUUCUCUAAUUUUUGACUUACGAACACCACGUUACGUCUGCUAUGCAAGAUUAGGUGGUAGAUUAUGUAGUGAAAAGUCAGUAAUUAAAUGGCAUACCUCAGCACAUUUCCUAAUGUCUUUGUUGCGAGCCAUCCAAGAUGAGUACGUUAAGCAAACCUUCUUGGUCUUUUUAAGGAAAAGUGGCGUAGUUCCUGAUGAUAGGGUAGUGUAUUUGGUUAUCCGUUUCCGGGAUCCGCUAGUUAGUGAAAUUGAUUACAAUUGGAAUUACAGGAUUUGCACUCUUUGUUCACGAUUCUUGCAUCUAGAAAAAAUGCUGUGGGUUUUAUCUACAUUUGGUGGUGCUUUAUCAGCCAUGGGUGAUUAUUACAAACAUUUUGCUGAAAGAGCAGAGCGUGUUUCUUACAAUCAGAUGCGACUAGCAUUAGAUAUUGGUGAUCCCGUAUUGGUUUCUCGGUGUAAAUUAUAUAUUUCAAUUAGCUUUAUGCAGAGAAACAAAUGUCGUACUGCUGCAAAAAUUAUUCGUAAAGAAUAUGGUGUUGCAAAAGCUCUAAAAAGUGAUUUUCUACUUCACUGCUGUGAAGGAGUUUGGCUAAAGUUACGCGGUAUAGUUGAGAAAAAAAAGUGUUGCAAAUGA